AUGCUUCCACUUAUCACUGUUGUCUUGGCCUUCCUAGCUAAUAGCACCCUCGCUGCUCCGCCUACGAAACCCCUUCCUUAUAGUCCGUCACUGGGAUCACAAUUCCAAGAGAAUCAGGAGAGAACUGGCUUGCUUGGCUGCGCAGGUUCUAUCUCAUUCGUUAAGGCCAGUGCAGAUUAUUCAUUUGACUUAUUGUUGUCAACACAAGUCUCGAAGGACUCUGCAUCUGCCAGGGAGGCCGCUGUAAGACGUAGAGCACAGAACAAAGAGAUUGAACACGAGAGGGCUUUCUCUAUAACCUCAUCUUCUAUACCUAGUCGGACUAGCUAG